AUGUCUAUGCUUCCGACGUUCGGUUUUACGCAGGAGCAAGUUGCGUGCGUCUGCGAAGUACUCCAACAAGGCGGCAACAUUGAGAGACUGGGUCGCUUUCUGUGGUCUCUCCCCGCCUGCGAGCACCUCCAUAAAAACGAAUCUGUGCUGAAGGCAAAAGCGGUUGUAGCCUUCCACAGAGGCAACUUCCGAGAGCUUUACAAGAUCCUGGAGAGUCAUCAGUUCUCCCCGCACAACCAUCCCAAACUGCAGCAGCUGUGGCUUAAAGCGCACUAUAUUGAGGCAGAAAAGCUGCGUGGACGGCCGCUCGGAGCCGUAGGCAAAUACCGAGUGAGAAGGAAGUUUCCCCUUCCCCGAUCCAUCUGGGACGGAGAGGAGACCAGCUACUGCUUCAAGGAGAAGAGCCGGAGCGUGUUGAGAGAGUGGUACACGCACAACCCGUAUCCGUCCCCCAGAGAAAAGAGGGAGCUGGCUGAGGCCACUGGACUCACUACCACGCAGGUCAGCAACUGGUUCAAGAACCGGCGACAGAGAGACAGGGCAGCGGAAGCCAAGGAGAGGGAAAACAACGAGAACUCGAACGGAAACAACCACAACGCGCUGUCUUCUUCCAUGAAUGGAAGUAAAAGCCUUUUAGGAAGUUCAGACGAUGACAAAACGCCGUCCGGGACCCCUGACCAUCAUCAUAACACGUCUCCGGGCCCCGCGCUGCUCAUGGGCUCGAACAGCAGCGGUCUGCCUUCGCUUCACGGCCUCGCUCCUCCGCCCGGGCCCAGUGCCAUCCCGGUGCCGAGCGCGGACUCAGUGCACCACCACCAUCACCACGGACUGCACCACGACAUUCUGAACCCCAUGUCAUCCAACCUGGUGGACCUGGGCUCGUAGGCUACACGGAGAAAGACUCACCACAAAGCACUGUGUUUUAGGAUCACCUGUGGGAGGUUUGGUGAGACUCGAAUCAUCGAGAGUGAACGACUCUUGGCAAAUCAUUUGAAAAACAAAACGGAGAUUCAAUCUCUGUUUGGUGCAGAGCACAGAGUUACACGCUUGUUCCGUGCGUAACUGACUUAGUGGAAGUGAACACUCGACUUCUUGUAGGAGUGGUGCAAGAAAACCGAAGGUGAGACUUCAUGGGAGAGUAUUUUAUCAGAAUGUUACACCAUGAUAUAUUGUUCAAACAAUAUAGCCUAAUACAAAGGUCUUAACUAUCGUUGCAUAUUGGGGUGUUAUCACAUGGCAUACCCCAGCGCUUUGUCUACACUAUUUUUGUUGUUUACAUGUUUUUAUUUUAAGCAGAGCCAUACGAUAUUUUUUUUUUGUUUUUUUUGUUUUUUUGUUUUUUUUUUUGACAUAUGGGCAUGGGGCUGGACGACAGUGACAAUGAUGAUGGGGUUAUGAUAUUCUCAUGUGUCUUAUAUAACGAGAUCUUAACCUUCUGAUAGAGAACGAGUGAGUGCAUGUAAAGUUUGCGGUAUGAAACGUAAAUCAUUCAUACACUUAUAGUUUCAUAUACCCUUUGCAAUAAAAUAAGAGAAAUACACGGACUGUAAUUACGAGUCGUUUGCUUUUUCCUGUGUUUUAUUGAAAGUAUUUUAUGUAGAAUUAAAAGGGUUGAAAUUGUUCGUAUAAUUAUUAGCCAAUAUUCUAAAACAUUUACACGGAAAUAGGAGAAGGGCCGUUUUACGCUGAA